AUGACUGUCCAAUUCGUCCCAAAAGUUAAAGUUCAAACCGACAAAUGCAAGUACUCUGAGAACGAGCUUGUCACCAACUACGUGUACAAGAACGCGGUUGUGGACAAAGAGCCUUCCGGAACUUACUCUGUCAAGCCUGUGGAGGAGCCAUACCAGUUCAAGGUUGACCUUAAGGUGCCUAAAGUUGGUGUGAUGCUUGUUGGAUUGGGCGGUAACAACGGUACCACAUUUGUGGCUUCCGUGCUUGCCAACAAGAACAAGGUCCAAUUCAACACCAAGGAAGGUUUGAAGAACGCCAACUACUAUGGAUCGGUCACCCAAUCCGCCACUGUCAAGCUGGGUGUCGACUCCAACGGUUUGGACGUGUACGCUCCGUUCAACUCGCUGCUACCAAUGGUGAACCCAAACGACUUUGUUGUUAGCGGAUGGGAUAUCAACGGAGACAACCUUGCCACUGCCAUGCACAAGGCCAAGGUGUUGGAGUUCGACCUCCAGGAGAAGUUGAAGGACGAGAUGAAGCACAUUGUGCCUCUCAAGUCGAUCUACUACCCAGACUUCAUUGCUGCCAACCAGGACGAGAGAGCCAACAACUGCUUCAACAGAUCCAACGGCGAGAUCCACACCACCGGCAAGUGGAGCCACGUGGAGCAGAUCAGAAAGGAUAUCCGCGACUUCAAGGCGUCCAACAAGCUCGACAAAGUUGUUGUGUUGUGGACUGCUAACACCGAGAGAUACGUUAAUGUGGUGGAAGGUGUGAACGACACUGCCGAGAACGUUUUGGAAGCUGUGAAGCAGGACCACGAGGAGAUUGCUCCAAGUACCGUUUUCGCCAUUGCCAGUAUCUUGGAGAAUGUUCCAUACAUCAACGGAAGUCCUCAAAACACUUUUGUUCCGGGUCUUAUUGAGCUUGCUGACAAGAACAACACCUUUAUUGGAGGAGACGACUUCAAGAGUGGCCAGACCAAAAUGAAGUCUGUUUUGGCCCAGUUCUUGGUGGAUGCCGGUAUCAGAACCAGCUCCAUUGCCUCGUACAACCACUUGGGUAACAACGACGGUUACAACUUGAGUUCUCCAAAACAGUUCCGGUCCAAGGAGAUUUCCAAGGCAUCUGUUGUUGACGACAUCAUUGCCUCGAACGAGAUCUUGUACAACGACAAGCUGGGCAAGAAGAUCGACCACUGUAUUGUCAUCAAGUACAUGAGUGCUGUUGGGGACUCCAAGGUCGCCAUGGACGAGUACUACUCGGAAUUGAUGCUUGGUGGACACAACAGAAUUAGCAUUCACAACAUUUGCGAGGAUUCGUUGCUGGCAACUCCAUUGAUUAUCGAUUUGUUGGUGAUGACCGAGUUCUUAUCGAGAGUUCAGUACAGCAAGAAGGGCGAGGAUAAGUACCAAAGCUUGCACUCUGUUCUUUCUUUCUUGAGUUACUGGCUCAAGGCACCAAUCACCCGGCCUGGAUUCACUCCAAUCAACGGUCUCAACAAGCAGAGACAGGGUCUUGACAACUUUUUGAGAAUCCUGAUCGGUCUGGAGCCAUUAGACGAGCUCAGAUUCGAAGAGAGACUGAUUUAA